UAGGUAUCGGGCCCCUAUUUGAAGCGGCAGUGCACUAGGUGCGGAUUGACGACCGCCGAUGAACUUAUAAUGUAUGUACGUUAAUUAGUUUACUGUCGAUGACGCAUUUCCAACGCACGACAUAUCGGGGACGACUCGGAACGCUAAGCGUAAAUGCCUGUAAACAUAUCGUGUGCCACUUCCCACUCCAGUCUAGACACGAAAAAGAAAAUCAUUCUGCGAAAUCCAGUCUUUGGCUCACGCACUUCCAACUGUUGAGCAGACUUGUCUCCGUCGCUCGAGGCAUGUGUGUGGUUUCCCUGUGAGUGUAGCAGUACUCAUAACUAGUGAAACGAGUAACAAAGAAGAAGACGAUAGAAGCCAAAAAGCAUAAACCCACAAAGGAUGUCUUUCCAUGGAGACGGUGAAGGAUCGUAUAAGAACCAAACGAGAAAGGACAGAUGCGAGAUAAGUCGUUGUGAGUUACGGUAAAUCUAGCAAAUCCUUAUGAUACACAAGACAAGGUCCUGCUUUACGUAAUACAAGACGCGGGUGUACGCCUUCGAAGCUAUCUCGAUCUCCGUCUCAGACUGGGUGCACCUGUUAACUGCGAAUAAAAGUGGCACACGCGCUUUCCUCCAGAUGCUUCGCUGCGCACUUGUGAACUCGCGAACCCAAUUAAACGUGCCUCAAGCAGCGACUCUUAACGCCCCAAUGAAAAGGCUGUAAAUUGCUGGCAACAUUGAGAAAACAAUAAAUUGUUGACGACGAAGACAAAAUCUCGGAGAGGAGCAAAGAUCAGACAGCAGAGAGGAGAGAAAAUAGGAAGAGCGAUAGGAAUUUUGGAAUUUGAAAAAUGCAAGAGACCAUUGAGCGAAUGAUACCCAAAAUAAUUUAUACUACCGCGGCCUUGAGCGACGGCUGCAACGUGGCUGGUGCCGAUGAGAAGGAUGGCGAGAGGAGAAUACUUGGUAGACACAGACGAAUCACGAGGUCUCGAUCCUGGCGCAAUUCUCGAAGAACUUCAUUCUCCUCGGACCGUCUGUCCUCCUCGUCAUCGCGCAGUCCGUCGCCACCAGUUAUCGAACAUCAUCACGAGCACCAUCAGCAUGAAGGUGCAGAUCACGAUGAUCUUGCUAAUCAAUUAGAAAACACGAUUGGUACCGACGAUGCUCAAUCACGAGCGAUCGAAAAUAGUUCUGGAUAUGGGGAGUAUCUUCAACUGUUGUCCGUUCCACAAUUAAAUUCCAACCCACUAGAAUGGGGUGAAGCAAGUGGCGAUGACCUUAGUUCCGAGUGGGACUCCGAUUAUGCUGAUAGUAAAUCGUUUUCCUCUUCGAGGGGUAACGGAGACUAUGUUUUUCCUAAGACAUCUGGAUGGCGGAAACUGAGAAACAUUGUUCAGUGGACCCCGUUUUUUCAAACUUAUAAAAAGCAACGAUAUCCUUGGGUUCAACUAGCAGGUCAUCAGGGCAAUUUUCGAGCAGGAACUACACCAGGAACUAUAUUGAAAAAACUUUGCCCGCAAGAAGAGGCCUGUUUCCGAUUAUUAAUGCACGAUGUUCUCAGACCGUAUGUACCGGAAUUUAAAGGAGUAUUAGACGUGCGAGAAAUUGACGAUAGUGGAAACCAGGAUGCCGUUAACGUUGUUGCCGAUGAGACCGAAGUGGAUAAUAUGAACAAAAAUACUACGAUAUCCUCCUACUUACAGCUUCAGGAUCUUCUUGGUGAAUUUGAACAACCUUGUGUCAUGGAUUGCAAAGUCGGAGUACGGACUUAUCUCGAAUCGGAACUCGCCAAAGCUAAAGAAAGACCCAAAUUACGAAAAGACAUGUACGAGAAAAUGAUACAAGUCGAUCCAAGUGCACCGAGUGCGGAAGAAAGGCGAGUACAAGGUGUGACAAAACCACGAUAUAUGGUAUGGCGAGAAACUAUAUCAAGUACAGCUACACUUGGUUUUCGUGUGGAAGGUAUCAAAUUAGCCCAUGGAGGUUCUUUCAAAGAUUUUAAAACGACACGAACUCGUGAGCAGGUUACAGAGGCACUCAAACGUUUCGUCGAAGGUUAUACACACGCUGUUCCUAAAUACCUACAACGACUUAAAGCUAUCAGAGCAACAUUACAAGCAUCACCAUUUUUUGCAUCCCACGAAGUUGUUGGUUCCAGUCUUCUUUUUGUUCAUGAUACAACUAAUGCUGGCGUUUGGAUGAUAGACUUUGCCAAAACAUUACCGCUGCCUCAACAAUUACCCCGCAUUCGCCAUGAUGCUGAAUGGCAAGUCGGGAAUCACGAAGAUGGCUAUCUUAUUGGCGUUAAUAAUUUAAUUGAGAUAUUCCAAGAUAUACGAAAUUCCGAAACGUAAAUAGCAUUUCACAUCUACCGAAGAACUUGUGUAAAAACAAGAAAGAAUUUGAUACUAAGAUUGAGAGAAUAAUUAAUCAGCAGUUCUUUACGUUCAUAAAAAAAAAAUUGAAUAUUUGUAUUGGAUUUGGAGCUACGUAUAUGACAUGAUAGGGAGUAGCUUCACUCAGAGACAGUGUUAUAAUACCAAGAAUUUUUUUUUAUAUUCAUUGUGGAACGGUAAUCUCCAAGAUGUAUUUCCUUGGAAAAUUGCUAACAAGCUUUUUCUUUUUUAUAAAACUAGGCAUCUCUAUGAUGAGUAAACCAAAGACGCGGUAGCUUUUACUACCUAAUAAUUCGUCGCUAUUUCUUAGUAAAAUGCAUCUAGAUUAUAGUGCAAAGUUAAUUUAAUAAUCUAUUAUACGUAAGUCUUUAUUUAUAUCAUAAUGUAACGUAACACUGAAAGCCUAUUGGGUCUCAGUGAACCGCCUUUUUUAAACCCAUCAUCUCAUUGCAUUUGUAAAUAUCUCGUUAAAUAUUACGAAAUGUUAUCCUCAAUUUCCCGAUGCUUUCAUUGUGUAAAUGGUUCUUUCGGGUCAUAGCAUUUUUUGCCGAAAUUCAUUUACAAAACUGACAUAAAUAUUUAUGUUCAUGCUUACAUUAUAUUUUACGUUUAAGUAAAAUUUGAGUAAUAACUCGUUCUGAGCAUGAUGUGCUUAAAAUUUGUAGGUUGUAAUUUGCAGUUGUAAUUUUUUUGAAACUUAUUUAAAGUUGCUGUUCAUCUACUCCAUACAUGCAGACGUGCAGCGAGUAAUAACAUUUCAAAUGGAAAAUGUUUUAAGAUCAACAUUCUAUAAUAUUUUCAAUUAGAUUACGAAAAUAUUUGUCAUACGGGAAAAAAAUCUUUGGUAAAUUGUAUUCUUUGCACACAAGUCUCUGCUUAAGAAUACCAUCUUAUGUAUUUUCUAGCCUAUCAAAUUUUCAUGAGGGCCAUUCUUGAACCUACCUCAUUUACAUACACAUUUCUUCAAGUUGUACAUUUAAUGAAUUUUAAAAGCACACGAAAAAAUGGUUAAUUAAAAUUCAGAUAAAUUUGUUGAGAACUAAAUGUUAUCAAUCCACAUACUGCGUAUACAGGGUUACUCAGAAGUAUUUUAUAACCUAACAGUCCAGGCUAUAGUAGGCCAAUUAAACCAAAAUUGUUCAAGCUAUCCUCAGAUUAAAGAAAUUGUUAAUUUGCUCGUUAGGAAUAACAUCAGUAACACAAGAAAUAUCAGUACCAUUUGUUAAGACCGCUGCUUUUGUUGCUAUAAAUAAGAAAUAGGAUUACAUCUUGUCCUCUUUAAACUGGGAUAUCCUCAAAAGUAUUGAAACGAUUUUUUUUUAUAUUAAGCCACUCAAAGGUUACAGCCAAUUACUAUAGUUGCAUACGACUUAUGUUGUAUUUUUAUUAAAUAAUUAAUAUCUCGGCGACUAACAAUUAUAUAAAGCUCAUAUAAAACUCAUUCUUAUCUCUGCCUAUAACCAUCUCACUUCUUCGCUCAACACUUUCAAUACUUUUCAAGUUAUCCCAGUUUAAAGGGGUCAAAACGAGGUAUCAUAUCUUAUAUUCUAUAUGGUAACAAAAUAUAUAGUUAUUAACUACUUACCAUUCAAUAGGUUGUUUGCUUUAUCUUAUUUUCUAUAUUUUUUAAAAAGUGUGCAUACAUUCACUGAAUGUUUUUUUAACGUAUCAGCACACGUGUAAUUUCUAGCACGUCUAAUUUUUAUUGUUGUAUUAUUUCAUAUGUUAUGUUGCCUUCGAGAAAUGCUCAUAGGAGGACGGCUUCUCGAUGUAGGUACCAGUACAUGGCCGAUGACUGGGCUAUCUACUGCCUUAUAAGAAUAUCCUGUUCAUGUGAAGCAAAUUGUCAGAUGGAUGUUAGAAGCACAUCCUAUGAAUGAUAGGUAGGAUGUGCAAAAGAUGGAUAGAAAGACAUUCGUAGGUGGAACAAACAUAUUUCAAAAUGAGGUCUGCGACUUGUCAUUUGCAGAUUUACGGAUGUCUAUUGUAUGUCAGUAGUGGCAAUUCACGACGUCUGUAUGACGUAUUGCUAAUAUCCCAGUGUUGUGUGGAACAGCACUCUCUAAAAAUGGUACUGAUAUUUUCCGUAUUACUUAUAUAUUAAUCUUAACAAGUACAUCAACAAUUUUUUUAAAAAGUGAGCAAAGUUCGGAACCACAUUUUUUAAAUUAGUCCACAGCCUAGACUAUGAAGGUGGUUAUAUCAUAGGAAUCAAAUGGACGAGCUAGUUCAAUUAGUGCAUUACUCCUGAACAUAUACGCAUAAAUUUGAGACUGAUCUACUUUGAAGACAUUUUCACUUACGUAUUGGCUACUUUGAGAACAUGUGGUUCUUUUGAAAACUGUCUGAUAUUUUUCAGGGUUACGGCUGUUUUGAGGACCAUAAAGUGGUGUGUCGCACCAAAUUUUUUCAAGGCUAAACACUCAGAGCUCUGAUGGGUUUAGAAAACGGUUAGAAAACGUAACGCUACGUUAGGUUAAGAUUGAGUAGAAUUUCAAUGCUGUGAUGUCUCAAGAUUUAUGUUUUUUCUUUUCUAAUAAAAACGCAUCAGCUUGCUAUUCUGAACGUCGCUUUAUGGUAAUCUGUUCUCAAACUGUACGAACGGCACAUACGCAUACAUCUUAAUUUGUUGAUUGAGAUGUGACCUUAUUAUAUUAAACGUAUAGUGCCACAACUAUGUACUUAAAAAAUUAAAUCAUUUCAGGGCCCAUUA